UUCCGGUGUCGAAAGGCGUGCGUUUUGAAACAGAGAAUGUCUCAAUUACCAAAACAACAACAGACUGGAGAUAAAGAUAAGGACAGAGAAAAGAAGAAGAAAGAAACAAUCUUAGAUCUGUCAAAAUAUCUUGACAAACCAAUCCGAGUCAAAUUCAGCGGCGGACGAGAGGCCAGCGGAGUGUUAAAAGGUUAUGAUCCCUUGUUGAACCUUGUACUGGAUGGAACAACAGAAUAUCUCAGAGAUCCUGAUGAUCCCUUCAAGUUGACAGAGGACACACGCCAUCUUGGACUGGUAGUAUGUCGAGGGACGUCAGUUGUCUUGAUUUGUCCAUCUGAAGGAAUGGAGGCCAUCGCUAAUCCUUUUGUCCAACAAGAAGGAUGAAAGCUAGACUUCACAAAAUGUUCUUCAGGCAUAAACUUGUUAUAUACACUUUACUUUGAGAAUUUUUUCAAAGUUCAGGGUGGAAAAUAUCAUAUUUUCUCAAAAAUCAUCUUUAAUGUGAAACAUUGAAAAAUGACAUCCAAGAGUUUCUUGUUUCCUUCAAACACAGUGAUACUCAAUAUUGCAUUUCUUGAAUUUACCUGUCCAAAUGGUAAAUGAUAAUUACCUAUGUUAUGGUAAAAUGUUUCGCUUGUCCAUUGUGAACUAUAGCAAAAAAAAAACAAUUUUUUCUUAUCAACCAUGAUUUCAAUUUUAGCCAGUAUCUAGCAGGGAAAAUGUGCUAUCAAGUUUAUUCUAUUGAAAGACCUUGACCUUCUUUAGAGGUCAAAUUUGUUAAAAUCUGCAACAACUUAUUUAGAACCAAGAGGUCGAGGUCAUGAUUUUUAAAAGCUUUUUGCAAGGAUAAAUAUCAGUAAAAUUUGCCCAAUAUAAAAACCGACUCCUGAAGGAUCAGUAAGUGAGUGAGACAGGUUUUUAAGGUCUCUUGUCAAUACCAUCUGAUGGUGCAGAGUUCUGUAUCAGUGUUAGAACCUGUUUUUGAUCAGUUUGAAAAAUUGUAUUGAAGGAAUUGAUGAAUUUUUAUGUCAACAGAGAAAGUGCUGAUAUGAUGUUUGUACUUACCAUGAAGUAUGAAGUGUAAGAGUAUGGUGUGAGAGAUGUUUGGACUCUAUAUAAAUGGAUGAGGAUGUUGAUUGUAAGUGUUGAAAACGUGAAUAAAGAAUGAAAGGAC